AUGGAGCUGCAAGGUUGGAAUACGACUUUUUCGCCCGACAACCAAUUGAAUGGGUCCUUGGCUGGUGACACGCCUGGAAAGUCGCCCUUUUACCCGGAUAUUGACCACCAAAGUGUGAGCGGUGGUGCUGGAGGAACAGGAGGAGGCCCGAGUCACCACCAGUCACAUCACGCGAACCACUCGAAUCAUUCGACACCGGGUGCAAAUUUGAACAACGGCAUGGGCGCACCUAGCCAGUUGACUCCUCAACAGAUGCAAUCUUCAAAUACGCCGAAUCACUAUUCGGAGUCGGAACAGAUAUUCCUACAGCACAUCGAACAAAACUUGUACGAGCAUCAACAGUUUCAACAGCAACAGCAACAGCAACAGGCGCACCACCACCAUCAUCACCACCACCAUCAUCAUUCUCACCCGCAUCACCAGCACCACCAACAGCAGGCGCAGCAGCAGCAGCAGCUGCUGCUGCUGCUGCAACUGCAGGGUGGUCCGCAUACUCACCCGGGAGGCACGCCGCUCCAUUUAGACGCAAUGACGCCGCAUCAUCCGGGACAAGUUGACCAUUUCCGGGCAAUUGCUCUGGAUUCGCCUUAUAGUAGGCACGAGCACCCCAAUUCUAGAGAAGGGACCAUUUCCAGCCAUGCCACUCCUUCAAGUAUGCAUGUGAAUUCCAAUCUGAUUCCUAUGCAUCAACAACAACAACAACAACCACCCCAGCAGCAGCAGCAACAACAACAACCACCAUCACAGCAGCAGCAGCAGCAGCAGCAGGUACAUCAACCGCAUCAACAUGGGCCAUUGUCGAGUCAGCCGUCGCAGCUGUUUGAGUUUGGUCUAGAUAAUCUAAAUUUCAUGAUCCCCGAAGAGUUGAACUUUGAUGCCGAUACAAGCCACAUGUCGUCGGCGUUCCCGCCCAAUAUACCCUCGGAACAGACCCCGAGCUUGAUGGCUGUGAAUGCACUCAGAAAGCAGGAAAUGAACGCGAGCGAUUUUGCGUCUCCUAUACUACCGGGCCAAAAUGAGAAACUGUACAACAACCUGCAUUUUUAUCACCGGCAGAAUUCAAGUAACAAGAUUUACACCCAGCAGCAGCAACAACAACAACCACAACAGCAGCAGCAGCAGCAGCAGCAGCAACAGCCGCUACCACACGAGCUGGAGGCGCCUCAACAACAUGUGAGACCCGAUGCUGUUUUCACGCCAUUGGUUAGUCCUGCUGUGACUCCAUUGGAUAAAGGUGCCAAGGGCCAACUGUACCUGCAACAACAACAACAACAACAACAGCAGCAGCAGCAGCAAAAUCCUGUAAAUAUCAACUUUGAGCCACUCACGUCGCCGGCCCUCAAUGCCCAAGUUGCCUCCAGCUCAUCUAACAACGACAAGAGGAGAACCUCGAGCUCGGUUUAUGCUCCAAACACUUUGGAAGAGCAGAAGCCCAACAAGAGAAGAACGCCUCACGGCACACCGGUGCUCAUGGCUAGCAACAAGAGCUACACUUCGCCGUCGGUCAAGCCCAAGUUGAGCAGUUCCCACUCAUAUAACGGCCUGCAAAAGCUUCCCGAGUCUUCGAUUAAAGCCGAGGCCAGUGGCGAGAUGUUGCCUCCCACCGGCGGCAAGCCUUUGGGCAUAAGCGACACGCCAAUGAUGGGCUUCACCAUGGGCAAAUUGGCCGAGGAAGAACAGAACCAGAGCAGCCAAUCGCUGCUUCUGCUGCUGCGUAAGCCCAGUUUGAAGAAAAGCAAAGCCGACCUAUCGCGCAAGUCGUCCAUUUCGAGAUCCAAGUCAAACUCAAGCUCGCUGGAGUGCAGUUCGGUUGCAUCGUCGCCGAAAUUGACGAAAAAACCUGAAAAGUUGGCUACGAAGAAGGCGUCGCAUAAAUUGGCUGAACAGGGGAGAAGAAACAGAAUGAACACGGCAAUCGGCGAGUUGGGCGCGUUGAUCCCGCAGACGUAUCACGACGAAGUCGCUAUCCCUUCCAAAGCCACCACGGUGGAGUUGGCUUCGAAGUAUAUCAGGCAGCUUUUGGGCGAAAUUGACUUGAUGAAGAGGGGUGCCAUCGACGGAGGAGACGACGCUGGUAAUGACAACAGCAAUAACAAUAUUCACGAAAAUGACGACGACGACGACGACGACGACGGGGACGACGAAGCUCUUGCUAACGGCGGCGAUGUCGACAUCGACGAUGCCAACGAUGACGCUAUAAAAGUGGAAAAAGAUUGA